UCACAGGCAGAUGGGGAUCCUUUGGACAGGGCUCCCAGCAAUAGAGCAGUCCCACUCUCCCGGAUGAGCUGGAGAAGUAGCUAUCUCUCCCAGACAGAGUUGGGGUCAAAUUCAUGCACAUCCAAUUCCCAUCAAAGCCCACUCUUCCCAGGGCUUGCUGGGAGGGAAGGAUAACUGCAGGCUCCCCUGGGAUGUCCCCACAUGAGGGAAGUUCACAGAGUUUGAGACAGAGGUGAAUGGACAGGUGUGCUUCUUAGGGAAGCAGUCGAGAGGCGGCAAGAAGUUGGCAGCUGCCCUCAAGAGGGUCCUGGCACCAUGGACAAUGACAAGCCUCUUCAGCCUGAGACAGAAGAUGAGAUUGAAAUUGAGCCAGUACAACAGAGCAGCGAUAAAAUGCUCUACUGUGAGGCCGAACCCCCGCCGACUGUCGAAAAAGUGAAACCAGCCCGGGAGAAUUCGGAAACAGACCUGGAGAUUGAAGAUGAUGAGAAAUUUUUCACCACUGGACAAAAGGAGCUGUACCUGGAGGCCUGCAAGCUGUCCAACACGGCUGUUACCAAACUGGAGCUGGAAGACAAUUGCAUCAUGGAGGAGGGCGUCUUGAGCCUGGUGGAGAUGCUACAAGAGAACUACUACCUCCAGGAGAUGAAUAUUUCCAACAAUCACCUUGGUUUGGAGGGAGCCAGAAUCAUCUCAGAUUUCUUCGAGAGAAAUAGUUCUUCUGUCUGGAGCCUUGAGCUUUCAGGAAAUGACUUCAAGGAAGAAUCCGCAGCACUGCUCGGCCAAGCCCUGUCGACCAAUUACCGAAUUAAGAAGCUGGAUCUCAGUCACAACCAAUUCUCUGAUGUAGGAGGGGAGCACCUGGGCCAGAUGCUGGCCAUCAACGUGGGGCUCACGUCACUGGAUCUGAGCUGGAAUAACUUCCACACAAGGGGAGCUGUGGCCUUGUGCAACGGUCUCCGGCUGGAUCUCUCCAUGAAUGGCCUUGGGAAUGAAGUGGCUCUGGCCCUAGGGGAGGUCCUCCGACUCAACAGCUGCCUGGUCUACCUGGAUAUCAGCGGCAAUGACAUCGGCAAUGAAGGGGCCUCCAAAAUCAGCAAAGGACUGGAAUCCAAUGAAAGCCUCAGAGUUCUGAAGCUUUUCCUGAAUCCCAUAAACAUGGAUGGGGCUAUUUUACUUAUCCUGGCUAUCAAGAGGAACCCCAAAUCCAGGAUGGAAGAGCUUGAUAUUUCCAAUGUGCUGGUGUCCGAGCAGUUCAUGAAAACGUUGGACGGAGUGUAUGCCGUUCACCCGCAGCUGGACGUGGUGUUCAAGGCAGUACAAGGCCUCUCUGCCAAGAAAACCAUCUUCUUGUUGACAAACCCCAUGAAACUGAUCCAGGUGAGCUCCUGCCUUCCUCUCAGGGCCUCUAGGGAGCCCUGGGGAAAGCUGGCCAAUGGCUCCAAAUCAGUUUCCAGACUUUUCCUUCCCCACAGUGUCUGUACAGCCCUCUCUGAUAAGGAAUGUCUCAGUCCCUUGGACUGCAGACAUGGAAUGAAUAUUCUCUGUGGCUACUGGAUCCCUCAGCAGUGCUUCCUGAUCCCCAGAGGAAUGGAAGAGUUGAGAUCUAGCUGAAAGGGGCGGGUGGACAGAAUGGAUUCUCCCACCCGGGCUCCUCCACCUGCUAGCGUAUGACCAAGGGCAAGUUACUAAAGCUCUCUGGGUCACAGUCUCUUCACCUGCAGAAUGGACACAACAGUAGCCACCCAGUAGGAUUGCUUGGAAAAUCAAAUUAUAUAAAAUGCAUGAAGUGCUUAAAAGGAUGCCUGGUAUAGAACAAGCACCUGCUUAUUAUAGACAUAGUUUCUUUCCAACUGCUGGUAAGGAUAUCAAGACAUCCCUGUGGUCAGGAUGGCUAUUUGGCAGCUUCAGCCAAAGAGAGACACUUCAGUCCUUUGUUUCUAAUGGUAACUUGCCCCCAACUCAUGUUUUCUUAGAUUAUCUCUGGCAAUCACAGGAGGCAGAGGUAAAGCUGUUCUUUCCAACAGCUGGUAAGGAUGUCAAGACAUCCCUGUGGUCAGGACAGCUAUUUGGCGGCUUCAGCCAAAGAGAGACACUCGAGUCCUUUGUUUCUAUGAUAACUUGCCCCCAAUUCAUCUUUUCUUAGAUUAGCUCUGGCAAUCACAGGAGGCAGAUGUAACAGUGGAAAUACAAAAUCAGAGAAUAUUAGCGCCGAAAGGGAUGUUAUUGCUCCUCUAGUCCCAUUGUCUUGCAGAACAGUGCUCAGACCCUGCUUUGGUGUUUCCAUGGUGGGCCUCUCACCCUGCAGUGGGGGCGAGGAGCCUGCUGCUUGCUGCAGAGCGGUUACUAUCUGGGGAGCAGGCGUGGGGAUGCUGCUCUGCCAAUGCACGUUCUGCAGGGUGUGUCCCUGGGCUGCUUCCUGCCCCCGAUGGGUCUGCUCUGUGCCUCAGUUUCCAGAAUUAAAUAAAAGAGCUCCCACAUGAAAAUUGUUAUGUGAAAAAUUCUAGAAGGCAAAAUGGUAUCAAGUAUUUGUACAAGUAAGGUGACUUCAGAUGGAACCAAGGCAAACCUGUUUUGCAAGGGGAGCAGGAUGCUCCAGUGAACAGGAAUGGAGCUGUCUGAUGCAAAAUGGGGACCCCACCUCCUGUUUUAAAGACGCACAGAAAAAGAAUCUUGGAGACCAAACAAGACAUGCAGAGUCAAACAUAGCCCUUCCCCUCAGGGGACCAACAAUCUCGUUGGAAAGAUGGGAUGGCUACAGUGAUGACCCACAGACCAUAGAAAGUUUCAUAUGGCCGGGCGCGGUGGCUCAUGCCUGUAAUCCCAGUGCUUUGGGAGGCCAAAGCCGGCGGAUUACUUGAGGUCGGGAGUUUGACACCAGCCUGGCCAACAUGGCGAAACCCCAUCUCUACUAAAAAUACAAAAAUUAGCCGGGCAUGGUGGCAGGUGCCUAUAAUCCCAGCUACUUGGGAAGCUGAGGCACAAGAAUCGCUUCAACCCAGGAGGCGGAGGCUGCAGCGAGCUGAGAUUAUGCCACUGCACUCCAGCCUGGGCAACAGAGCGAGACUC